AUGGCUUGCAUUGCAUUCAAAGAUGGCACUAAACACAAAUGCACUAAUUUCAAGAGGCAGGAGGAGAUGCAAUGCAAUAAUCUGUCAACUCUAGAUUCUUCCAACCAAAAUUCUACUCCUAACAUAAUCCAUCCAAAGUUCUCAGACAUGACAGGCUCUUUGUAUUUCCCUGAUGCCCUCAAGUUCUCCUCUUUUCUUUCUAUGAGUAACGCCUAUGACCCUUUUAUUCCGUAUCAAACCCUUGUCUCUCCCAAUAAAGUGACAGUGCCAUUGGUUUUCAAGGUGAGAGGUUUGAGCUUCAAGGUCAGCACCUCUUGUCAAAGCCAUGCUCAUUAUGUUGUACAACUGCAAGAGAAUGAUAAUGGUGGUAAUGGGUUUGUGAUGAGGUGUGCAAAAUGGGAUUUGGAGAGAGAAGUGGAAGCUGAGAUGAAACCAAAUGAAACUGAGGAAAAGGGUAGGAGUGAAAUGACAGGGUUUAGACAAAAGUGUGGGGAAAGAGAUGGUGUUGUGGAGCAGUUGGAGUGUUUGGAAAGGGAAGCAAUAAUGGGUGAAGAUGUGGGAAAAGAGCCUACUGAUUACAACAGACGGGCUCAGAUAUUUGAUAAAAGCUCUCAAGUGUUCCAAGCUCUUAAGGAACACAACAAUGAUGUUUUCCCACAAGAGUCGUCAUAA